CAUAUAAUACUAAGUUUAAGUCCAUUAACUCAGUCUCGAUACUUUUUGUUUAUCGUUACGACAUUGAGAAGAUGAAGGUCUCAUUUGAACAAAGAAUUAUGUUAUUAUAAAAGCUGUAAUGCCUAAUACAACAUAGUUUAGUUUUAAUAAAAUGCAACAGAUAUACACAGUACUUCUACUAGUGACUAUAGUCAAUUGUAAUAUUAUCUUAAAUACUAAUAGAACACAGUUUGUGAUUUCUCGCGAAAAUACAAAUAUAAUAAAUAUAAUUAAAUAUCUAAAUAAUGAGCAAAAUAUACAAUUAAAUAUUUUGGUAAAUCUUGCAGAUAACUCCCAAACUACAGAAUAUUACGCAGAUGUAUUAAAAGUAACUGAUAAACCAAAAUUAAUUGUAAACCAGGAAAUAUAUCUGAAGAAUAGUACUCCAUUAUUUGAAAAAUUUAAUAGAAAUUGCUUAGCUAUAGUUUGGUUAAGAGCUAGCCAUAUGAAUACAACUUUAAAUAUGUUGGAUCAUAUAUUAUGGCGAAUACAUUUCAAGGAUAUAUUAUUGAUACAUCAACCGGAACCAGGAGAUAAUGGCAUUAUAAGCAAAAAGGAAUUAGGAUUAAUAUUUGAAAGAUGUUGGACGAAAGGUUUUAUAUCGGUUUUAUUAUGGUCUCAACGACAACAACAACUCUACACUUAUCAUCCUUAUCCUCAAAUUAAGGUGAUACGUCUUACAAGUGUUUCGAAAUUUCUGGAUAAAACACAUCUAAAUAAUUUUCAACAAUAUAUAUGGCGUUUACCAUUUUUCGACUUUCCCAAUGUCUGUUACUCUUAUAAGAAUCGUCAAGGUCAACUUGUUCGUACCGGCUAUUUUUAUAAAUGGAUACAGCUUUAUUUGGAAUAUUAUAAUGCCAGUAUUGAUCAUAUUUUCAUUGAUGUAUGGAAAUAUAAUUACAGCCAGACGGAUGCUAUAUCUUUGGUCAAUGAUUUGAAUAUAUGUAUGAUACCAGCAUUUCUAACUAGAAAUCCCAAAAAAUAUGAAAUGAGCAAUGUUUUACACUUGACUAGGACAUUGCUGAUGGUCCCAAGUGAUCAAGAGAUACCAGCCAGUUUAUAUCUUAUUUUACCCUUCAGGGGUUACAUAUGGUUAGCAGUUAUAGUAAGUGGAAUUUUACUAUUCACUUUAGCAUAUGUCAUUCAAUGUAAAGUAGCCAAAGUUAAGGAUUUAAGUAAAUUGGCUUUACAGGUUUUUAAAAUAUUAAUAUUCCUGGGUAUUGAUUUAAAAGGUACUAAAUCGUUAAGGGAUUUUCUUUUACAUUUAAUGUUCCUAUUUACCGGUAUCUUUCUAACCAACUAUUAUACCUCUAAAUUAUCCAGCCUGUAUGCCAGCAAGGUGUAUGAACCAGAACUUAAAUAUCUCAAUGACAUAGAACGUACGGAUUUAAUGAUUUUGGAAUAUUCCGUGGAUAUAGACUAUUUGCUAAAUUUUCCUAAUUUACCCGAAAUAGUCAGAUCACGUUUUAUAGUAGGCAAUAAUAAUGAUUUACCUAGAUAUCGUAAAAAUCUCAAUAUGACUUAUAUAUAUUCGAGCCAUGAGGAACUAAUGGACUUUUUGUUAUUUCAACAACAUUAUCUGAAACAACCAUUCGCCAAGAAACUUAAUCAGCCAUUAUAUCACCGAGCACAAUUUAUAACACUGCCUCAUCGUUCACCUUUGAUUGAUCAUUUUAAUAGAUAUCUAAGGCGUAUUCGUGAAAAUGGUUUGUUGGAAAAGUUUAUAGCGGAUAGCAAAUGGGAUGGCGUUUUAAGUGGUUAUCUGACAUUAUUGCGUGAUCCGGAGAAAAGGAAAAGGAAAAAUUGGAAUAUUUUCAUUAUGCUUUCGUUAUUUGGUUUUGUGGUUUAUUGAGCGCUACUGUAGCAUUUAAAGUUGAGCUGAUGAUUUGUGCUUUUAAACGAAGAAAAUAUAAUCGUUGAUAAAUUUAAAAAAAUUAUUUUAAAUGUAUUUAUUGCUGAAAUAAAGAGCGUAGUUUAU